AUGGCUUCUCGACGGAAGGGAGAGCAUAAUUGGGUCGAAGACGACGUGCAGCAUGGCGCUCCACCACCGAGGAGAGCCAAGAAUCUGGCCAAUCUCAGGAUCCACGCUCACCUGAUGGGUGACGAUGAAGGGACUUCGCAAAUGUCUCAUUCAUCUCUUUCUUCUGUAAAGAUUGGAAUCAUGGACCGUAAAGAAGUGGUGGGUGCCUCCAGUGAAGGAGUUGCGGAAACAGCUUCGGAUGUGUGCGCCAUAUGUCUUAUGCCGAGAACCGAUCCAACGUCGCUCGAUAAGUGCUCGCAUUCGUUUUGCUUCGUUUGUACUUCACAAUGGUUAAAACACGCUGGAACAUGUCCACUGUGUAUGACACCAGUUAGCUCAUUUUCGCAUAACAUAGAUCUUCCACCAGGUUUGCGUCCAGUGGUGUCAGUUGGUGAUUUGCGUAAAGCAGAUGAAGUAGCUCGAUUAGUUGAAAGGGGAAAGUCUUUGCCACCUGUGAACGAACAAGAGAGCACAAGCGCUCGAGUUGACCAUUCUUCAGAUCUCGCCAGUGCUAGUACGCGACUCAUCAAUGAAAUUAGCAUGCUCGAAAUGCUCAAGCGAGAUUCUACGACAAGGCACGAACUUGUUAGCAACAUUACGUUCCGUUCAUUGAUAUAUAAAGACAAUCUUGAUCGGAGCUCCAUUGACCGUAAUGCGAAUUGGGUACCUUUCACACCAGAAGUUUUCAAUGCUAAUGAGACCGCUGCAGCUGAGCGAUUGUUUCCCUUCGUGGAUCGUGAGCUGAGAAUUGUUUGGUGCAGUAGAAAGCCUAACGAGUCACUGGAACUCUAUAGAAGGAAAUAUGAUAGCCUCGUGUCUGACAUCAUCUUAUGGUGUUCUGAGAUUCAAAUAAAUUCUCCACAAUUUGCGCUUAACCUUCGUUUGGCCGGAGUUUGUCCAUUCUAUCUAGUGCGCUUUCAAACUGAGCUGUUUGAUUUUGCAAGUAGCAUGCGGAUUGAUGUGCUUAAUCUUAUAGCUCGAAAGAGUUGCGACGACUGCUGCGUCGAAGAAAUCGUCGAGCAGCGAGUACAGAAGGCCGAAAUUGUGCUGUUAAGUGACGGCGACUCUGAUUCAGCGGUUAUUACUACUAACCCGGACAGAAAUAACGAUGAUGUUAUUGUCUUAAGUGAUGACAGUCAUUCCGGCGAAGAAUCGAUCUUAAGGAGGGUUGAAAUUGAAAGCAACAAUGUGAGAAUACCUUGGUCAAGUGUUGGCGAAGACGGUCGGUCAAGAGAUGACGUACGCAAUCGGUUAAGAAUUCAUCCAAGCGAUUUUUCAAGCGAUGACGUGGACGAUCGGUCAGGAAUUGACUCAAGCGAUUUUUCAAGCGAUGACGACGACAGUNGUUCAAGAGAUGACGAACAAAAUCGGUCAGGAAGUGAUUCAAGCGAUUUUUCAUGCGAUGACGACGACAGUGGUUCAAGAGAUGACGAACAAAAUCGGUCAGGAAUUGACUCAAGCGAUUUUUCAAGCGAUGACGAGGACAGUCGGUCAAGAGAUGGCGUACCCAAUUGGUUAAGAAAACUCACCCGAGCGAUUUUUCAAGCGAGAACGGAUACGGUCGGUGAAGAGAUGACGAACGCAAGCGGUUAA